CAAACACACAACAUCCCUCUAAACGAUUAGGGGUUCAAUUCAGCAUCUCGCUGUCGCACCAAAGACCCACGUCGGUGCACAAAGCUUGCAAACACGAUCAAGAAAAUGUCGCCUUCCGAGAACGAGUUUAACAUCCCGGCCAAAAAUUGCCACAGGAUGGUGAUUCUGGGCUCUACAAAAGUUGGCAAGACGGCCAUCAUCUCUCGGUUUCUGAAUAAAAAAGUCGAGGACCAGUAUACGCCCACAAUCGAGGACUUUCAUAGGAAAUUAUACAGCAUUCGGGGAGAUGUGUACCAGUUGGACAUUCUGGACACCUCUGGAAACCAUCCCUUCCCCGCUAUGAGGAGACUCUCUAUCCUUACUGGUGAUGUUUUCAUCCUGGUGUUCAGUCUGGAUAACAGAGACUCCUUCCAAGAGGUGCAGCGCCUGAAGCGUCAAAUUUAUGAGACCAAGUCCUGCCUGAAAAACAAAACCAAAGAAAACGUGGAUGUCCCGAUCGUUAUCUGCGGGAACAAGUGUGACCGGGAGUUUAACCGGGAGGUUCAGAAUGAGGAGAUUGAGCAGCUGGUGGUUGGUGAUGAACAGUGUGCCUACUAUGAGAUCUCUGCAAAACGCAACACUAAUGUCGACCAGAUGUUUCAGACUCUUUUUACCAUGGCUAAACUGCCCAACGAGAUGAGCCCGGACUCUCACCGCAAAGUGUCCUUACAGUAUUGCGAAGUGCUGCAAAACAGCAGAAGAAAAUCUUUCAGAAAUAAAAAAUUCAAAGACUGCGAGGCAUACGGAAUUGUGGAACCGUUCGCGCGCCGACCAAGCGUGCACAGUGACUUAAGGUACAUAAAAGAGAAAGCUAUCGGCGGCGGACAGAGCAAACAGAGUUGCACCAUCAGCUAAGCAAUUUACUGACAAUAUGCAGGAGAAUUGUUACGAAAUACAGCGAUAGGGAUGAUACCCGCCAGGCUUCUCGCCAGUGUGCGGAGUCCAGGAUAACGCAGCACCCCAAGGCGCAGUGACAGCAAGGGGGGUGUAUCCCAGACCAUGCCAGGACGCGCCGAGAGGGUGCAUGACAUGGUCCGUCCGUCAGACAUUUCCCUGUGGAGUCAAGACUCUCAAAUGUGAUGUGGCUUUAGAGAACCUACAGUGAAGUAGCCUCUUCUUGUCAACUACAUGCUGUAAAAUCUGCCUCUCCUGAAUGGAGAAUGUAGCCUUUACCUAUGGGGUGGCACUUGUUUACGUUUAGCUAUUAUAAUUAUUUUUAAAUGGAAGUCAACUUGAACCUUAAUUGCAUUAUGAACAAAUCUAUGAAUGUAUAUUUAUUAUUCUAUGUCAUCGUUUAAUUUUCACAAAGAAAGAAACAUGAUGAGAAAAUAAAAACAUUUGAAAACUA